AUGUCUUUCGCCACUGGUGAUGGGGAUGUCAGACACCCACUUGACGACUUGAUGGAGGAGUGCAACAGAUUGGCGGAGAACAACAACUGGGAAGAAGCACGGGAAAAGCUGAACAGUACGAUACGAUUGUCCGAGGAGCAUCAAGGUCCCGAACAUGACAAUACGCUAGAAGUGAAAACAAUCCUGGCCUACAAUCUCCGCAAACAUGGAGAAUACCAGGAGGCUGAGCACAUAGACCGAGAGGUAUAUAGUGUCCGACUUCGAGUGUCUGGGCCAGAAAACACCAAUACUGCCAAAGCACUGAACAACGUCGCGCUAGACCUCAAAGGCCUUGGCAGAUAUGACGAGGCAUUCGAUCUCGAAGAGCAAGCACUGGAGAUAUUUAUGAAAGUAAAAGGGGAGAAUUCUAGAGAGACGCAAACAAGUAUGAACAACCUUGCCAACAGCUUUUACCAACAGCAUCGUUUCCAGGAUGCGGCCCGGUUGCACGAGAAGACACUCAAGCUCCGCAUAAACACGCUUGGCCGAGAGCAUUUCGAAACAAUCAUGGCCAUGGACCUGCUUGGAGUCGACUAUCGAGAGCUAGGCCAUGUGGGAAAGGCUGUGCAGUAUCAGGAGGAGGCAAUCGAGCUUGCGAGGAGGAUCCUGGGCGAAGCGGAUGAAACCACCAUUCGGUGUUCGAUAAACCUGGCAUCGACAUAUCAGCAAAGUGGGAUGGCCAAUGGCAAAGAGAAAGCGCUGAGUUUGCUAGAGCAUGUCUUGGAGCUAUCUCGUCGCGCUCUCGGCGAGGAGAGUCCGGAAACUGUGGGCAUCAUGAACAAUCUCGCAGUGGCGUACGUCAAGGCCGGCAGACUACAUGAUGCCCAGCCACUGCUUAGAAAUGCCUACGAGUUUAAUCGAAGAACAUUAGGCCCGAGCCAUCCGAAGACUCGAGCCUCGGAAGGCAAUUACGACUAUGUUAUGGAGAAGCUAGGCUUAACUCGAGCAAACACCUUUCAAUUCUGA